AUGUGGAUUGUCUGCCUGCAACACCGCUCGAGCUUCCGUUCUCGUGGGAGGUGGGAUUGCGACAAUACCCGUGCCUCCAAAAACCUGGCAAUUGCUGACCAUUGUCCCAUUCUUCGGCUGCCCGCCCUAGACCGCCCGUUGACCCAUAUCAACAAGAAAGGCCGCCCAGUCUCUCAAUGUCCUCAUUGCCGUGGCCUACGCAAGUCUCGAACAACCCAUGUCAAGUGCGAGUGCGGCGACAAGAAAAAGAAACAUGAUUCGUCUGACAGCCAUGGUGACAAGCGUGAUCUCAAGCAGGAUGCCCUGCACCGCUGUGGCUGCCACCAUGGCCAGCGCUGCACCUGUGCGCUGAAGAAGGAACCCCAUCUUGAUCCGGUACCGGAGACGGGCCUGCCCAUCUCUCAGCCUACGGUUCCCGCUGAACUUCCCCGGAAACCCCACCUGACGUCGACCAAGUCCGAGUCGACGCUGACAAUCUUCCGCGACGGUCAUCACAAACCCGCCCACAAGCAUAAUGACAUGGCCCACAAGUGUGGAUUGCCAUACACAAUCCCACGUUCACAUACCAUCCACCACCCGUCCGAUAUGCCCCGUCGUUCGGUGGACCACCUUCCUUUGGCUCAACCCUUCAUUCAAGAACCUCUUAGCCUCACUCUCGAUCCCCGGUCGCAGUCGCAGUCACAACAGAGUUCCCCCGAUAGCGUCCCGUCUGCGGGCACGGAGGAGGUCACGACUGCUUCUCUGGACCCAUCGUUUCUGGACGCGUUUGCUGCUUCCGUUCUCCCAUCCACGACUGCUUUGGAGAACCCCACUGACGGGACCACAUCAAACCCGACAUCUACCCCGGCCUCGAUGGACAAGUUCCCUCUUGAGCAGAUCAUGACCAGCAUUCCACCGCCUCUCGAUGUCUCGACCUUCACCAAUUACCAGACUACGACCACCAACUCUCCGAUCACCUGCCUGGCCUUCCAGGAUCCUUACCACGAUCCGUACUUCGCAUCCCCCGACUCAGAGGUGCCUUUGGGAUCCGCUGGGUUGGGCGCGCCAUCUGUUGACUGGUCUCAUUUUCCGCUGUAUUCGAAUGCGCCGACGUCGACUAGCACACAGACUCCUUCCUAUGCUAGCUUCGAUUACUCCUACCCCACGGGACUCCCCCCUCCGUCAUCCUCGGGAGACAUCUCUGAGGUCGAUGAGUUUGGACCGCUGCCCGGCCUUGGACACGCAGGCAAUGACAUGCACGAUCUGCAUAGCGUCAGCGAAGCGUCGGACAUGGACCACCUCCGCGUCAGCUCUGCUUCCUCAUUGGUGGGUCUGCCUCAAACGCAGCUCCUGUCGUCCAAUGAUCUGGAGUCGAUCAGCAUCGACGACUUCCUCAAGUCCGCCAACGAAUCCACUGCCGCGCUCGAGCAUCAACUGCAAGCCGGCAUGGGCCUUGAGCCGAAGACUGUACCGGCGCCAGAGAUGUACGCCUUGUCGCAGGCCCAGGAUGCGGUUCCCAUCUGGCCGGCCGGCCUCUUUGACGAUGCAACCACCCCACCCAUGGACGAGAACUACUUCCGCCAGUCCUGGGCCCAAUAG